CAUUCAAAGCUGUAAAGUUCAUUUUGGAUCCUUGAAUGUUGCAUCUAGUCAAGGAAAAGUUCUGCCUUCAAGUAGGGAUAUGGGACAGAAUGAUUCGAACAAUAGUCCUAACUUAUUGCAAACUGGAAGAUUUCUGCCAGAAGAAGAUAUAUUGGUAGGAAAAGAAAUGUGUCAAAAUAGUAACAACAGUUCAUCAAGAUGUCAAAAUGGAAAACCCUUCAAGGAAGGGAAGCAGUGUGUAGAUUUUGAACAGCCAAGCAAAAAGCUAAAAAUACAAAGAGACUUAAAAAAAUUAACCACCCAGAAAAAUCUUACAAAUGUGAACAUGCAUAGUGAAUGUGGAUUACAAAUGGAGGAUAAACUUGACACAAAAACACUUGUUGGGAAAUUAAAUUGUAAUGAAGCAACUUGCUUAUCUUCACUUGAACAUAGAACUGAUUUCCUUCUGGAACAGCCUCCUCAAACGCCUCGAAAUCAACUUGUUAGUUUGUCUUCUAAUAAAAAAGUGAGCAAAGCACAUGCGGUCACCUGUGAUUCCAGUGAUACUGAGAAAUCUCAGGUUCUCAGAAAACAACAGAAAGUUCCAGAAAUAAAGGGCAUGGAACCACAAAUUAACAUUGGAAAAAAAAAGAAGCAUGACCCUUCCUCUGUGAACAUGCUGGGCAGUGAAAAAAAGGUUAGCAGCAACAGCAGUAUUGGUUGCAGUAUGAAAGCAAAAAGGAUAUGCAAAGAUAAAACAAGAUGUAAAGCUAAGAAAAACUUGCAGGCAUAUAGUUGUCAAAGAGUUGUCCCAGUUUCUGGUAAAAAUGUUUGGCCCCGUGAAUCAUGUGCCAGGACCUCUGUGUGGAUUCCUAAAAAUCAUGUAUGUGACUUGGAAAUAACAUUUUCAAGAAGUGCUGAUUUAUUAGUUCAGUCUGGGCAAGAGGAAUUGCACGAGCCAUUGAUAGGUACUACCAAAACUUUGGCAGACCUGGUAAUGGAUCAUAAAGCAGAACUACUUGUAGAAAGCUGUACUUCAGGACCUAUAUUUAAUGUAGACAAGACUUUCUCAGCUAUUGAGAAUGAGAGUAGAAUUUCCUCUGUGGAUAGACCUAAUCGGUGCCCACCUGAGGCAAAAACAAGAAAAAAACUGAAAGUGCCUUUGGGUGCUCUAGCUAAAGAUGUUAAAAACAAAAGUAUAGCUAAGAGAAGGAUUUCCAUAGGUGUACAGAAUGGUGGAUUUUCUAAUGGAAAAAGCAAAACAAAUGAGCAAAAGACAUCAGUUACUAAACAAGAAAUAUCACUGCAAGCAAUCCCAAGAAAUUUAUCAGACUUCAAAAUUCCUUUACUCAAGAAUAAAAAUGAGUAUGGAAAAACAGAAUAUUGUAGAUCAUCAGAAAGAAAUACUUGUCAUUUGGACAUUUUAGAAGAUGCUACUAUUUCUAGGAACAAAACCGGAGCUGAACAGACUUCAUCUGAUAAAAGUUCUAAAUUUCACAUCCAGUCUGAGCAGAUGAAUGUUUCUAUAUCAAAGGAACAUGCAAACCAAUUUGACAGUGAUUAUCCUGAACACAUUUAUAAAGAGAGUAAUGAGCACAUGGAGACAUCAAAUGAGAGUAAGCUUAAAACAUCAACUUCAGACAAUAGUUUUGACCCUUUCAGUACUAACAUUAAAGAAAUGCAAAUUCAAGAAGCUAAAGAUGAGAAUAAUAGCAAUAACUUGGUACAGGACAGAGACAGCUAUGGAGAGAUACUUCAGGCUUACAAUGAUGAUGAUGUUCUUGUGAUUGAUGUAAUUCAGGAUGAUCCUGAUCUAUUUGGAGAUACUGGUGAACAAGAAACUGCAUGUACAAAGGAUCAUCAUACUGAAACCACCUUUUACACCAGCGUUUUCUCAGAACAACAGCUCAAGUUAGAACCAGAAUCCCCUCAACUUCUAGAAUACAGAGAGAGUCCUGUUCGGGAUUAUGCAAGAUUGGAGUCAGUUGCUGAUUUUCUAUCAGCAGAAGUUGUUGAAAUUAAAUCAGAGUCAGCAAGUGAAAUCAGUUCCGAAGAAGGUGUAGCCAUCCCAGCUUUUGGAGAUAUACAGCUGACUGUAUUAGAUGAUGUUACAAGGAGUUGUAUUACAGAUGCAAAGUACAAAUUUCCAGAGAGAAUGCUUGCUGUGAAAGAAGAAAAAGCAAACAUUUGGAACAUUGCUUUAACUGCAAAUACCCGGCAUUAUGAAUCUGUGAGCCAUGACCAUCACCUGGAAUUGCCACUCCCUGCUAUGAAAGCAACUGAUCCCCAGUGGCACAAUGCAGCAGUGGAACCAUGGAUGAAUGACUUUGGAUUCUCAAGAAAAGAUCCUCUUUUGCCUACAUCACGUCCUAACAGUCAGGAUUCUUGGAAGACAGACAAAAAUGAAAUGACUUUUUUAGGAUUGAAUGUACCCCAUGGAUGUUGCAGAGUCUAUUUCAAUACGCUAAAAGGUUGUGAGAAAGCAAAUUGCAGGUUUCAUCAUGUUCUUCCACCAGGAAAUGAAAAGUUUUGCAGUGCCGUACUUAAGAAAUAUUUAAGUAUUGGUGAAGUAGUUCUGCUGCAGCGUGCAGUCCAGAUAUUUACAGAUUAUUGCAAAAGGAGCACUCCUAGGUUAUAUUUGAAUUCACAAAUUUUAAAUGACCUGCUUGCCUCUUUGCUCCAGUCCUUUUUGCUGAAAGAAUUGUUUCUUGUAGUCCAUGCUGGCAUAAUGAUUAAGAUACUGCCAUCGGUACACUUGCUUCUCAAAGUUUUUGAACAAGUGGCUUCCAUGAAAUUAAAAGACACAGUGCCUGAUUUACUUCGCAUCUCAUGUGAGCUUUUUGAUGCUGGAAUGGCCUUUGAAUAUGAACAUAUUUGCUGUAUUACAAAGUUUCUCAAUCAAUUGCAAGUUUCAAGUCAUGAAAUAACCACCUUUACGUCCAGAUUUCAGGAAAGACAUUUUGAAAAGGCCAGCCUUUGUGACUUCGAUUCAGCUGUAGCAGAAUUUCAGCACUGUAAAGAAAAGGGUGAUUGGGCUAAAUUGGGAACUUUGUACGUUAAUAUGAGGAGAGGAUGUGGGAACGUGGAUGAAAAGUACUCAGUAUGCAUUGCUAACAUCCUAACCAGUGUCCUGAAGGAGGAGAAGCUAAGGAUUCCUUUUUGUGAAUUUGCAGCUGCAGUGAAUGCUAAUGCACAUCAUAGUGAAGCAGAUAAGCAUUUGCUGGGAAGGAUUGGAAUAAGUGUUAUGUUUUCAUAUUACAAAAAGCAGCAGUGGUCAAAGGCCAAGAAGAUUCUGGAUGCACUUCAUGCUUUAAAGAUACCAUUCACAAUUUUGACAGGACUUUUUGGUUAUGAGAGAUUAGCAUCAAGAUGCCAUAUUAUUAAUGUUGCUGUGGAAAUCUUUCUCAAAUGUGGGUGCAUAGAUGGUGCAAUGUGGGUGCUAAAAGAGUCAGACUGGGUAAUAAAUACACUAUCAUGGCCUUGUGAUAGAAUGGAUGUACUUACUCGACAUAACUUGUUAUGCACAAUGGCAUCAGAAUAUAUUACAAAGUCACAAUAUGGAAAAGCAUUUGAAGUCUUGAAAAAUCUACCAGGCUUUCAGAACUCUUGUGAUACUCUGGAUGUAUCACAAUACAGCCUUUUGUUUAAUAAGCUGCUUAGCACUUGCCUAGAAAACCAUCACCUUGAAAUAUCAUCGGCUGUUGUAGACUUCAUGCUUACAAAGAACAUACCUGUUGAAUUUAAUUUACUUAGAGAAUUAAUCACGACACUAGGAAGAAACUGUUUGUGGCUUAAAGCCAGGACACAUUAUAAAAGUGCUUUAGGAUUGGGCUGCUACCCACCACUGGAGGGAAAUCUUUACCGUAAACUUCUCCUGAUUCCAUCUUACAUGACUGAGGUUGAGAUGCUGCUAGCAAUUGAAAUUUUCUUGGUUGCAAAUGCUAGCAGUAUUCAGAGUCUGGGUGCUUCCAAUCAGUCACUUCAAAUAGUACUAAAAAGAUGUGAAGCCAAAAAUGUACACAAAGAAGAUGACUACCAAAGUGCAAUCAGGAGGCUGAUUAAAGCUGCUUGUAUAUCUUCACCAAAGCUUUUCAUAAAAUACUUGACUGUGAAUAUUAAGAAGGAGCAUGUUUACAGUUUGGAAUAUGCUUCUGUUCUUAAUUGGUUAAAAGAGAACAUGAAAUGGGCAGGCAAAGUCUGGCUUUUUUAGUCACUUUGUUUAGAUUUCAGUUCAUAAUAAU